UUAGGUGCUUCAAAAUUGAACAAAAUGAUUGCCAAACUUUAAUCAUCUUUAACUCAGCUUUUGGUUUCCGCAAUUCUCUGCAGCCCACAUUGCUCUAUCUUCAUUUUCUUUAUCUCCUCUUGUUUUCUUCUUGCUAUGAGUCCCUGCAAAAAGUACAACUAGGGAGAUUGUAUAGGCUAUACUGGUGAGGUGGGAAUUGAAAGACAUGGCAUCAUUUGCAGGAACAACCCAAAAAUGCAUGGCUUGUGACAAGACUGUGUAUUUGGUUGAUAAAUUAACAGCUGACAAUCGUGUCUACCAUAAAGCUUGUUUCAGAUGCCAUCACUGCAAAGGAACCCUCAAGCUUGGCAACUACAAUUCCUUUGAGGGUGUCCUUUAUUGCAGGCCACACUUUGAUCAACUGUUUAAGAGAACAGGCAGUCUUGACAAAAGCUUUGAAGGGACACCAAAGAUUGUAAAACAAGAGAAACCUGUUGAUGGCGAGAGACCUAAUGCGGCUAAAGUCUCAAGUAUGUUUGCUGGAACCAGGGAUAAAUGUUUCGGCUGUAAGAAUACUGUUUAUCCAACUGAGAAGGUGACGGUCAAUGGAACUCCUUAUCACAAGAGUUGUUUCAAAUGCACUCAUGGAGGUUGUGUAAUUAGCCCGUCCAACUACAUUGCUCACGAAGGCCGAUUGUAUUGCAAACACCACCACAUUCAGCUCAUCAAGGAAAAAGGUAAUCUAAGCCAGCUUGAGGGUGAGCAUGAAAAGGAUUCCGUGAACGAGAAAGUCAAUGGGAAAGAAGUUGCUCUUGAAUCAUAAUCUGCUUCAAUGUUUCUGUUCUUUCGCUUUGUCAUCCGAUGUUCUUCUGCCCUUCAUGUUGCCGUGACCAUCAUUGCUUUCCCUGCAGUCCAGAUGGCUUUGUGCUAAGACGUGAAAUUUUUGGUAUUUUAGUUGAAUUCGUGUGGGGUUUUGUUUGGUAUGUUUAAAUACUUUGGUGCAAUUGUGGAUGCUAAAUUGAGAAACCAAGAACAUUUUGAUUCUCAAUCUAUGCUGUGGUGAGACUUCAUGAUGUAAUUUGUGAAUUCUUAUUGCUUCAGAUUUUUUGUGA